GCGCGUUAUCAUUAAUUAAAAAAAUUACAGUUUUGUGAUAAAAGAUCUGCAUCAAAAAAUGCAUCAUUUAAGACUCAGGAAGAAAAUAGAAACUAAUAGAAUAGCACCAAAUUGAAUCGUUAUGAUGAUGACUGAAAAAAAAUAUAUCACAGCUGAUGCUCGAUCGCAUCUCCAAAGGAAUAAACGAGAAAGUUGAAAAAUUUGGAGUGUUCAGACAAGCGAUUUUCAAUUUCGCAUACGAGUACAAGCUCAAAUGGACGAAACGUGGCUAUAUGAGACACCUUUGUUCAAUUAUUACAUUUUCCUCGUUAUUUCGCCUCGUUAUUGUCACGCAGGGAUACGGUCUCACGGAAACGUGCUCAGGAGCCACAGUUAUGGACAGUAAGCAUAAAAUCUGUUGUAUAUUCUUAAAUUAUAUAUUUAAUAAAUAAUCGAUAAAAUAAAAGAAAUAAUAUACGUUUUGAGAAAAAUUUACACAGUUUUCCUACCGAUGCAGCUUAAGUUGCUAAAUCUAUCAACUGUGUUUUACCAUUUAUAAUCCUAUUCGAAGCUUUGUCUUCGAAAUAUAACUUAUAUAAAAACAUUUUUUAUUAUUAGUGUACAAUAGAAGCACAGAAAGAGUCGGAGUUCCUACGGUUAUCUGUGACAUAAGAGUGGAAAAUUAGGAAGAAAGGGAAUUACAGAGUAACGCAUACACCUAACCCGAGAGGCUGGUUUUACAAACUUCCGGACCAAACAAAAGAGAACUUCUUUGAGGAGAAUGGCAGAUAAUGGUUCAGAACAGGCGACAUUGGGGAAUUGCAUCCGGAUGGAAGCAUGACGAUUAUCGAUCAAAAGAAAGAUUUAGUCAAAUUGCUAUUGGGAGAGUGCGUAUCACUCGGUAAUAUCGAAGCUGAAUUGGAGACUUGUCCCGCCGUGGAAAAUAUCUGCGUCUAUGGAAACGCUUUCAAGGUGUACACAGUUGCUCUUGUCGUACCGAGUCCUUGCAGCCUUGAAGAAAUUGCAGCUAAUCUUAAUAGAUUACAACGAAGAAUCUUGAAGAAUUGUGCGUUCCGUAUAAAUCAAAUUUUCGAAUGGAUGAGGUAAACUACAGAGAUUCGAAAUCCCGGAAGUUGUGAAGCUCUGUCCAGAGCAGUGGUCACCGGACAUGGAUCUGGUAACGACUACUUUCAAACUGAAACGAAAAGCUGUCCAAGAGCGUUAUCAGCACGAAAUAAAUCGGAUGUACGCCUCUUGAUGUUACGGCAAAAAA